AUGAAGACUCCACAACUCAAAUCCAAGGAAAGAUAUAUUGUAGUUGAUAAAUAUCCAGCUGCCAGAAAUGUUUUACUUCAUUCACUUCCUCAGAAUCCUUCGUUCACUUCUAGACUUGUUCAAUAUGAUUAUGAUUUUGCUAUCCAUGUUGGUGCAGAGCUGGAGAUCAUCCAAGAUUGCUCUUGGAUUAGUAAUGAUUCAGCUCAAGUAGUGGACAAUUCACAAGACAAAUAUAUUGUAGGGUCUGGUCUCUUGUUGAGAAAGAAUGGGAAAUACUUCUUCAUGCAAAAUAAGGCCUCAAUUGGAAAGGUUAUGUUUAUUUUCACAAUUCUUGAGCUUGACGUAUUUAAAAGAGAACUGGACGAUGAAGUGAAGGAGUUACUUCAGAAAUGUGUUAAACAAUUUGAGGGAGAAGAAUUAGAACAUUUGAAAGAUGCUAUCAAUGGUGGGGAUUCAUUUUCCCAAUUUUUAUUCAAAGGCAGAAAGAAGGAAAAUGUAAAACAUUUCUUUGAAAAGUAUAGGAAUAUUCUAUUAGAAUUAGAUCUAUCACAACAUCCUACAGAUAUCCAGUUAUGCUCUUUCAAGAAUUUUUCUCCACCAAAGGGAAAACUCGAAUCUGUUGCAAACUUACGGAAAAAACAAUCAUAUUAUAAGAGAAAUGGUCACAACAGAUUUAGCAUCUUUGAAAGAUUUCCAAAAGGGAUUAGGGAUAACAAAGAAUUCUGGUUAUGGAAUGCCUUAUUCGAAUGCGUAGAAGAAACCAAUUCAGUCCCUGAUACUAUUUUCAGAGCAUUAAGGGAAAAAACGUUUAAUCCCCAAUCAUUCAAAACCAUUUAUUGCCCAGUGGUUUCUUUAGAGAGUAGAGAUCCAACAUUGAGUCAAGAAUUGAAGGAAUGUGCAGAACGUCUUCAAACAGCUUUCUUUGUUAUUGAAGAGUCAGACUAUUCGAAAUUUAGAUUGAACACUAAAUUCGUGGAUGAGGAAAAGAAAAAUAAGAGAGAAUACAAUACUGAGGAAUAUUGGUUUUCACCUGAUAACGAAAAUAUUCCUUUGUGUUUAAGAGAGCAGUUGAAAGAAUAA